AUGAGUGCACCAUUACCACCACCACCGGGUAUAUACACUCCUAUUCCAACCUUUUUCAAAAAUGAUUUAGUGACUAUUGACUUUAUCAGUCAGGUUAAACAUGCUAAUUUUUUAAAGGAAAGUGGAAUAACUGGUUUAGUUGUAAUGGGAUCAACUGGGGAAAAUUCACAUUUGACUCGUCAGGAAAGGUUUUCCAUCAUUUCAAAACUUCAUGGCGAAUUGCCUGAUUUCACUUUGAUAGGCGGUAUCGCGCAAAAUAGCGUUGAAGAUGCCUUAGACGAAAUUGAGUCUGUCAAACAAGCCGGGGCAAAAUAUGCUGUUGUGUUACCUAGUAAUUACUUCGGGGCUUCUAUUAAACAAGAUGGUAUCUUCGACUGGUACACGGAAGUUGCAAAUAAAUCCUCUUUGCCAAUAUUAAUUUAUGUUUAUCCUGGUGUGUCUAAUAACAUUUUUAUUGAUCCUAAAACUAUCAAAAAAUUAUCUUAUAAUCCAAAUAUUGUAGGUACUAAGAUUUCACAUGGAGAUGUGUCACACCAUACACUAAUUGGUAUGGAUGAAGAUAUUGCUAACAAUAACUUCAGUUGCUUUACUGGUUUGGGUCAGAUCUUGCUCCCGGCCUUAGUAGUUGGCUUUAAAGGAACUAUCGAUGCAUUGAGUGGGGCGACUCCAAAGAUUUAUAUUGAAAUUUUAAACUUAUACAACAAAGGAGAAUUAAAAGAGGCUGCUCAACUACAACUUAUUGCCACCAGAGGUGAGGAGUUGGUUGUAAAGUUCGGAGUUAUUGGUAUUAAAAAGGCUAUUUUAACAGCAACUGGAAUAGGGGAGACUCAUUUAGGUCGUGCUCCACUAAAUCAAGAUAUUUCCCAAGCUGAUUGGAAUCAAUACAGUGCCCACCUUUCUGAACUAAUUAGUAUAGAAAUGACUUUGUAG